AAGGGAUAAACCAUAAGGAUAAAGCCUUUCCCUGACCAGUCUUGGGGUAAGCAGGACGACGAGUCUGAGAGGGAAAGUGAAAAAGAGGGAAAACUUGUGGAGAUCCAGCACAUCUCAAAAAAGGUGGAAAAGCAAACACAAAUUCCCAGAGGUCAUCAACUCCCCAUCUCUCUGGAGUCAAUAUGGACACACAGUUUCUCUAUGACCGUUUAGGAGAUAAUGCAUGCCUGUACAUCACUGCUACAGCUGUGGUGUUGUGUAUGCUUGUGUGGUUGUACCUGGACAGCCUGGAGAUCGAGAACUUCAAUGACAAGUAUGUCUUUGUGACGGGCUGUGACUCUGGGUUUGGAAACCUGCUGUGCAAGAGGCUCGACCGAAAAGGUUUCCGUGUUCUGGCCGGCUGCCUAACAGAAAAAGGAGCAGAUGAUCUCAAAAGGGUGGCUGGGCCCUAUUUGAAGACUGUUCUCCUGGAUGUGACCAGUCAGGACAGCAUCCAAAAAGCUAUGGAGUGGACCAAGAAGGAGGUUGGCGAAAGGGGACUGUGGGGUAUUGUGAACAACGCCGGACGCUCAUUACCCAUGGGCCCCUCCGAGUGGAUGAAAGUGGAGGAUUUCCACAGCACAUUAAAAGUCAAUAUGAAUGGAGUGAUUGCCAUGACGAUGACCUUCUUGCCGCUCAUCAAGCAAGCUCGCGGGCGUAUUGUGAAUGUAGCAUCAGUGCUGGGGAGGGUUGCUGCAAACGGUGGUGGAUAUUGCAUCUCCAAGUUUGCUGUGGAAUCUUUCUCUGACUGCCUCAGGAGGGACAUAAGCUACUUUGGGAUCAAGGUGUGCAUUAUAGAGCCGGGCUUUUUCAAGACCGCGGUGACCAGCCUGGAGCCCCUCGAGAGAGAGCUGCAUCGCUUGUGGAAUCAGCUCACACCAGAAGUACAAGCCAGCUACGGAGACAAGUACCUUGAUAAGUACAUCAAGGUGCAGCGUCUGAUCAUGAACGCUGUCUGUGACUCUGACCUCGCCAAAGUGACCAACUGCAUGGAGCACGCGCUGACGUCUGCCUACCCACGAACCCGAUACAGUGCUGGCUGGGAUGCCAAGCUCAUCUGGAUUCCUCUGUCUUACAUGCCUUCCUGGGUGGUGGAUGUUGGGCUGAAGCUGGUGCUGCCACGUCCUUUAAAGAGUGUGUAAGGAAUUAAAAAUUUGAGCAUUUUGCGUCAUUUUGAUGGAAAAUGGAAGCUGGCUUACAAAAAUUAACCCAUUUGUCAUUAAAUAUAUUCCUUAUCUACAUUUGCCAUGCCAUGAAGGUUGAAUGUCACAGUUCUAUCUGCAUGCGCAAAAUUUGCCAUGUAAAAGGAAAUCACAUUUUUUGUUUGCUUUAGAUACACAGAUCAUGUGGAAUCCUGGAUAUUUGAACUGUGUUAUUUGUUAACACUACCUGUGCCUUUGUGCCUUUUAACAAUGUUAUUUAUGUUCGCUGAUACAGAGCAAUGUUCUUAACCAGCACAUGCAAAACAAACAGGAUUUUACUAUCAGGAAAAAAUGUUGUUUUGUUUUUUGCUUUGUUUUUUUUCUUCAGGAAUUGUAAUGCUUUGAUCAACUUAUUGUUGGACACCAAUAAAAAAAUGAAAGGUUUUUUUUGCCUGUG